ACAAUAAAAGAAACAACAACUUUGGUUCCUUUUUCUUCUUCAGACAAGUAAGAUCUUUUUAGAUUUCUAUAUACACACACAUAUUUUGCAGACAAAAGUUUGAUCAUGCUUUAUUCACCUAAGAAGCUGUUCUUGUUCUUCCUCUCGUGCAUUGUGAUGUUAGUCAACUACAACAACAGUGGCUUCGCAACCGCAGCAAAUAGCAUCGGCUUGAACUACGGCCUCCUCGGAGAUAACCUCCCCUCUCCGUCCAAUGUAAUCAACCUUUACAAGUCCAUAGGCGUUACUAAAAUCCGAAUCUUCGACCCGAACACUGAGGUUCUCAACUCCUUACGCGGUCACCGUGAUAUUGAAGUCACUGUUGGCGUUAAGGACCAAGACUUGGCUGCUCUUGCAGCAAGCGAAGAAGCUGUUAAGGGCUGGUUUGCGGCUAACAUCGAGUCUUACUUAGCUGACGUCAACAUCGCAUUUAUUACGGUCGGUAACGAAGUCAUCCCGGGACCAAUCGGUCCUCAAGUUCUUCCAGUCAUGCAGUCUCUCACCAACCUCGUCAAGUCGAGAAAUCUCCCUAUCUUGAUAAGCACCGUGGUGGCUAUGUCGAACCUCGAGCAGUCGUACCCACCUUCCGCGGGAAUGUUCACCUCCCAGGCGCGGGAACAACUUGUCCCCGUACUGAAACUAUUGUCACAAACAAGUACACCGAUCCUUGUCAACAUAUACCCUUACUUCGCUUAUGCGUCCGACCCAGCCAACAUCCCUCUCGACUAUGCCACCUUCAACACUGAAGCCAUCGUGGUCCAAGAUGGACCAUUGGGUUAUUCAAACAUGUUUGAUGCAAUCUUUGAUGCGUUCGUGUGGGCAAUGGAGAAGGAAGGUGUUAAAGAUUUACCAAUGGUGGUGUCCGAGACCGGAUGGCCAUCCGCGGGGAAUGGGAACUUUACCACGCCGGAUAUCGCGUCUACCUACAACAGAAAUUUUGUGAAGCAUAUAGCAAGCGGAAAAGGAACGCCUAAAAGGCCUAACAAGGGCAUUGAUGGAUUUCUGUUUGCAACGUUCAAUGAAAAUCAAAAGCCGGCCGGAACUGAACAAAAUUUUGGGUUGUACAAUCCAAGUGAUAUGAAGCCAAUCUACAAGCUAUUUUAAGUGUGAAAGUUGCUUAGACUUUCCCAAUUCACUAAUAAUAAUGAUAUACUAGCUGUUAGUGAAUUAGUAAAAGGUUAACAAUGAUACACAUGUUAUAAGCAACUGAUGUCUACGAGAUGAUGAGAUCUCGUAGGGGAACUUAGUUGACUUUUGUAAUAAAUCUGAUUAUCUGAA